GGAGUGGCUAUUUUUGUUUACAUUAGGUUUGGAACCAAUUGCACUCUCAGUUAUACUUGUAUGGCCAUUCCUAUGUUCAUUACCGGGGUUAUCAAGUACGUAGAAAGGAUUUGCAUUCUAAGGGCCGCAAGCUGGAAGCAACUUAGCAGAUCCAUUUUUCCCACUGCAGGUCAAGCAUCAGGUCAGACCACGGAUCAAUCAACUCCUGGUGUUCUGACAAAACUGGAGGAGCAUUUAGAUAGCAAAAUUGUUAUUAAAGAAAGCAGAUAUAUUCACAAAGCAUUUUGCAUGUUUAAGAUGUCCAUGCCUCUCUUUUCAGACCUCAAGCUCAGGAUUCCCCAAAAGUUGAGUAAAAUCUUCAUACUAUCCUCGAAUUCUGCAGACGAUGCCUUCAGACUGAUAGAGGUUGAACUAGGAUUCUUGUAUGAUGUGCUCUACACAAAGAAAACUUUAAGGCCACAACCUAUAUUGGGUACAAUCCUUCAUAGCAUCUGCUUGUUGUUAACGUUUACAGCACUAAUUGCCUUCUCCAUUGUGGUUGAAAAGAAUGGCUACCCGGAAGUCGACAUAGCCAUAACCUACACUCUGUUUGCUGGAGCAAUCUUUCUCAACAUUUGCUCGGCCAUCUCAAAAGUUCGCUCCAAUUGGACAAUGCUCUGGUUAACCGAUCCCAGCAAUUGGAUGUCGAAGUUUGUUCCUAAGGGUAUCGUUUCCUGGUACCUGCGAAGGAAUCUGGCUAAGAACCAAGGAAUAGCAUACAUGGCGCAACACAGUUUGAUGGAUUACUGUCUCAAGACCAAGAGAUCCAGAUGGAGGAAGAUUGUGAGAUUUUUUGACACUGAAGACAUUUUAGGGAAGCUUGUGCUUACUUCCUGGGAGAAAGUGAAUCAUGAAGUAAGGAACUUUAUCCACGAUCAUCUUGUAAAGAGGCAAAGCAAGUAUUGUAGAGGUGGGUUUCAAUAUAAGGAUCUGUCAAGUUUAUUGAGCAAGAAGAGAGAUGGAGUGCUUGAAACGCAUAACCUAAUGGAUAAAUUUGGUUGGAGCGCCACUGGAUUAGAAUUCAACCACUGCCUACUCAUAUGGCAUAUAGCUACAGAUCUUCUUUUUCACGUUGAUCUUAAAAGACAUUCUCCUGCCGAGCUUGGUUCACAUUACCAAAUUAGCAAGCACUUAUCUGAUUAUAUGAUGUACCUCCUCUUUGUGCGUCCGAAUAUGCUACCUAAAGGGAUUGGCCAACUGAGGAUGAAAGAAACUCGAAAAGAGGUGAUGGGUCUUUUUCAAAAUAAUGUGUCAUUAAGCAGCAGUGAAGUUGUGAAUACUUUGCUUGGUCUCAACUUUGGAGUAGCCGUGUUGUUGCCUCAGGAUCCUAGUAGGUCCAAAUCAGUGAUAGCUGAGGGGUGUCAAUUGGCGUGGAUGUUGCGCUCAUUAGUUGAGGAUUCAUUGUGGGAUCACAGUGCCAAAUGGGAGUUCAUAGCUGAUAUGUGGAUGGAAAUAAUGACAUUUGCUGCCAGCAGAUGUGAAUGGAGAGAGCACAAAAUACAGCUCAAGAAUGGUGGGGAAUUGCUCACUCACGUAGCCCUUCUCAUGGCGCAUUUUGGCUUGGCUGAACAUAUCGAAAUAACGACUGAUGAAGAAGACAAUUCCAAGUUACUUCGUUUUGAUAGUACCCGUCUUGGCUGGGACUGGGAUCAACUUUCUCAUUUGCCCUAUUACUUAGCAUAAAUUCUUAAUUUGUCUGGGAUGCAUGCAAUAAGCUACUGGGUAAAGUUUUAACUUUUGAGGUCUUUUUCUUUUUUUUAAUUGGUAGCUACCGUGUAAAGUUUGUGAAUUUGCUUUGAACAUGUGAUUAUGUGAACAUUGGACUCCCCUUAAUAAAGUUGUUUGUGUGAU